UACUUGGCGGUGCGUGUUGCAUAGAAUCACUGGCUCCCGCUGUUCAUUGGUUUUCCCAUCGACCUCUCAUGAAACUAGCCAGAGUGCGUUCUCGCCACUUCCCCAUCUCCAAGACCGCCAAAUCAUAUCCAUUUUGCGAUCGUCUGGUCCCCCGUGACCCGAUCAGAGAGCUUCACGCCCACUUCAUAAGAACACACCAGCAUAGAAACCCGAAUGCGAUGUCAGAAGUUAUCAAAUCGUAUGCUUUCAAUCUAACGUCUAUGCAGAAAGCCCGAUGCGCUUUCGUCGAAUUAGACCACCCCUCGUUGCCCAUUUGGAAUCACAUGAUACGUGGGUUGUCUCAAAGUGAUAGUCCUCUUGAUGCCCUCGACUUGUUUGAUAAAAUGCGUGAGCAAGGGAUGCACGGUGAUAACCUGACUUUUAUAUUUGCAUGCAAAGCUAGUGGUAGAGUUUCGGAUGUUUUAUAUGGAAAAAGAGUUCACGUUCAUGUUUUGAAACUUGGGUUUGGGUCAUAUCUUUAUGUGUGUAAUGCUUUGAUUCAUAUGUAUGGUUCUUGUGGUGAUUUGGGUUCUUCGAGGAGAGUGUUUGAUGCAAUGGAUGAAAAGGACUUGGUUUCUUGGAACUCGUUGAUCUGUGCGUAUAGUCAGUGUGCAAAGUAUGAGGAGGUUUUGGGUCUUUUUAAUGUGAUGAGAGUGGAAAAUGUGAAGGCUGAUGCUGUGACUAUGGUGAAAGUUGUUUUAGCUUGUAAUUAUUUAAGUGAGUGGAAACUUGUGGAUUCUAUGGUGGAGUAUAUUGACGAUAACUGUGUUGAAAUUGACGUCUACUUGGGCAAUACAUUGAUUGAUGUGUGUGGAAAACGUGGCUCGAUUGCAUUAGCUCGAGGUUUUUUUGAUAGAAUGACUGAGAGGAAUGUUGUUUCUUGGAAUGCAAUGAUUAUCGGUGCUGCAAAAUCAGGGGAUUUAACUGCUGCGAAGAAACUUUUUGAUGAGAUGCCAGAGAGAGAUGUCAUUUCAUGGACUUCUAUGAUCACUGGAUAUUGUCAGGCCAACCAACAUGAUGAUGCUAUAAGGCUUUUCCAGGAGAUGAUGGCUGCUAAGGUUAAGCCUGAUCAAAUUACUGUAGCUAGUGUGCUCUCUGCUUGUGCACAUUUAGGAAGACUUGAUGUCGGUAAGGCCGUCCACGAUUACAUAAGCAAUAAUGGCAUAAAAUUGGAUAUUUAUGUCGAGAAUGCUCUGAUAGACAUGUAUUGCAAAUGUGGAUCAGUUGAGAAGGCAUUAAAAGUAUUUGAUGUAAUGAAAGAAAAAGACUCUGUCUCAUGGACUUCAGUCAUCUCCGGUCUUGCAGUGAAUGGUAAUUCCAAUCGUGCUAUUGAACUCUUCUCGCAAAUGUUAAGAGAAGGUACAAGCCCAAUCCACGGAACUUUUGUUGGGAUCUUGCUGGCUUGUGUCCAUGCUGGUUUGGUGGAUAAAGGAUUGGAAUUCUUCCGCAGUAUGCAAAAGGAUUAUGGAUUGGUACCAGAAAUGAGGCACUAUGGGUGUGUGGUAGACCUUCUUUGUCGGGCUGGCAACCUUCACAGGGCGUAUGAGUUCAUAAAGAAUAUGCCCGUAUUUCCAGAUAUUGUUGUAUGGAGGAUAUUGCUCAGUGCUUGCAAACUUCAUGGUAAUCUGAUUUUAGCCAAAAUUGCUUCGGAGAGACUUCUUGAACUGGAUCCGACUAAUGGAGGGAACUAUGUACUAUCAUCCAACUCAUAUGCCAGUGCAGAAAGAUGGGAUGACGCCAUAAAAAUGAGAGAACUGAUGGACAAGGGUGAUGUCCUGAAGCCAUUAGGUCAAAGUUCUAUAGAAACAAAUCAUGAAAUAUCUGGACUUCCCGAAAACAUGUUGUAGACUAGAAUUUUUUAAGUUUUCAUAACAAAGGACCAGGCGUAGAAGCUGCAAGCGGCAAGCUGGAGAUGAACAGCCUGCCUGAAGCAGGAAGAAGGUUUCUCCACUUCUAACAGAAAGACUACUUUUGCAAGAUAUACAACGGAUGUAUCUGCAUAAGUUUUGAACAAAUUAGGAAAGAUAUGGACCAACUCUGACUGCCACUUCUAAGGUGGAAAAGUUUGCUGUGAGGGUGGAUGACAGUCCCAUUGCCUUGGCUGCUGUCAGAGGUCUGAUAUCGCACUCUUAGCUAAUUUAGGAAAUGUAUCCACAUUCAAGGAGGACGAUGUGACAAGUAUAUCCAGGCGGGAGGACGAUGUGACAAGUAUAUCCAGGCGAAAGAAACACAUGGUCGCUCUGCUUUGAAUUUCUGAGGAGUUGAAAGACAGAUGUGAAGCUAUUGACUACCCACAGGUUUGGAUCUCCCAGGAGGAGGUUGAAGAAGCCUUUGAAACCAGUUUAUAAUCUGUAGCAGUUCAGCAAAAUACAAUGUUGUAAUUAAAGAAAAGAAGCUAAGAUUUGAACAAAAGUUCAGAUGUCUGCGAAAUGAAUCCCCUUGGUUUUUUUGGAAAUCCCAAUUCCACAUGUUGCUGUCUCAGAAUGACUAGCUUAUUGAAAAGUGGAGCAUAAAAUUUGCAGGAAAUACGUUUCUGAACCCAUAAGGUUGGACAAAAGAAAAUGAUAUCAAACUUCUCAUUACUAAAUAGUACAAAUGGCUCAAUGCAUUCGAGGCUUAAUCAUUCGCCAUAAUCACGUUACAUGGAGGAUAAUCAGAUGACUCAACCACCUAAUUGGCCACCGGAGAGAACAUAAAUCAAAACUGGCAUUUUCCAUACUAGUACAAUGGGAGAAAAAAGAAAAAAGUCGAGGCAAGAAGGGAUUCUAUAUGGUUACUCUAAAUGGCGACUCAUAAUGUGACAGUUGGUUCGGCCGACCACUUCCAUACCCUCACUUGACCUGAUCCAUCACCUGUGAAAAAUAGACCACCAGGACCAAUCUGUAUGGAGCGAACCUCUUUC